AUGCGCUCUAACCUCACAGAAACUCCUGACAUCAUCACCCCUGUAGCCCGCUCGGGGGACCCUUCAGAGAAAGUCCACAAAUCCAAAAGCACCAACAGCAAGCAAGCCUUCAAGGGCAAGCAAGCCACAGGCUCUGGCUUCCACUACGGACCCGUACCAGGUCAGUAUUUCCGCUCACGACGGGUUAAGCCCGAAGAUGUGCAGAUGCCGUGGCUCGACAAGCCGCAUCCCAGGCAGAAAUGGGGCACAAUUCUUCCUCUUAUCGGGCUUGGACUCGGUUUCAUGGUAGUGGCUAUCAUGAUCUGGGACGGCUUCAGAGUCAUAGGCAGGCACAAAUACUGCGAGAUCUACCAUGAUAAUUUCACCACGCUGAACGAGAACGUCUGGACUAAGGAAGUCGAGCUGGGCGGCUAUGGCAACGGCCAAUUCGAGAUGACUACAGGUACAGACGAGAACGUUUUCAUCAAGAACGGCGAGCUCGUUAUAAAGCCAACAAUCCAAGACGAAACAUUCAUCGGCAGCAACUACAUCAUCGAUCUCCGUGGACAGGGAUGCACUGGCUCCGAUUGGACCGACUGUGUCGCCACUACCAACACGACUAACGGUACAAUUGUCAAUCCUGUCAAGUCUGGCCGAAUAAAUACCAAACUUGGUGCUUCAAUCAAGUACGGCCGCGUCGAAGUCGUCGCCAAGCUGCCCACUGGUGACUGGCUGUGGCCCGCCAUCUGGAUGUUACCCAAGGAUAACGUAUAUGGCGCCUGGCCUCGUUCUGGUGAGAUCGAUAUCGCGGAGUCCCGCGGCAAUGCUCCAGGUUAUGCGCAAGGCGGCAAUAACGUCGUCUCGAGCACGCUGCACUUCGGCCCUGACGCCAACCACAAUGGUUGGUGGCGCAACAAUGUCAAGCGCCAGGCGCUGCACACUACAUAUGCAGCCGACUACAACACCUUUGGUGUUGAGUGGAGCGAGAAGUACAUCUUCACUUAUAUCAAUACACGCCUCCUACAAGUCAUGUACACGCAUUUUGAUGAGCCUUUUUUCAAGUACGGUAAUUUCCCUCAAGCCGAUGCCAACGGCACCCGCCUUGAGAAUCCAUGGAAGCACACCAAAGGCAACACAGCUCCUUUCGACCAGGAGUUCUAUCUUGUCGUGAACCUUGCUGUUGGCUCAACAAAUGGCUGGUUUGAGGAUGGUAAGAGCGGUAAGCCAUGGAUUGACAGGAGCCUUCGGGCAAAGCUCGACUUUUGGGAAGCCAAGGACCAGUGGCUGCCUACCUGGAAGGACGAUGGGCAGAUGAGGGUUAAGAGUGUUACGAUGUGGCAGCAAAGUGGGCACAAAGGCUGCAAGGCUUGA